AUGGCACCUCAACCUCCCAAGAAUUGCGCCACUUUCGACUUCGAAGAAGACGAGGUCGUGACGAAUCCACAAAGAACAGAGAGUCCUGUCAAUAACCUGCUCACGCACUUGGAGAGUGUCGACAAGAUUCUUGUGUAUGCGGUUGGCGCUUUCGACCGGUAUUAUAUCUGUUGGCAGGACAGACAGGGAGGAUAUAGACAAGAGAGACAAGGGCUACCACGCGCGCUCGACGAAUGGCUGUUCCCUCCCGACGGGUCAAGCAGAGAUCUCGAGAGCCUCCAAGUCUCCCUUGGCCACAACGAUGAAUUCUUCGCUUUCGACCGGUACGAGCGGAUAUCGCAUAUCAACACCAACCUGCGAGAACACGUGGGCAGCAACCACCGGAGAUCCCUCACACAAGUUGCGGUACACACGGGCCAAACAAUGACAAUCCGACGAAAGGCACAUACUUUCUCGCAUUCGGAUGAUGUCCAAGAGCAAGAUCAACAGCGUCCGUCAAUACAACGGCGGCAGGUGCUCAAGCAGAGAGUCAGACCACGGAGCAUUGCAAUAGCCGGAGUGAUAUCACUGAGAGCGUCGCAUGAGAGGAAUGAAAGUCAGGAGGGCCGAUCUUUGAAAGCGUGGCCCGGCAUCACAGGUGGGAAUCAGCGCCAAACUGCGACAAAUCCCUCGUAUUCAGACGCCGCAGUCCAGACGGAUCCAGUGCAGGACACGCAUCAAGAUGAUCAGGAGGCUUCAUGCCACGAUUUCACAACGAAACUGAGGAGGUCUCAUGUGUCUUCCAUCUCGUCGCUGUCUUCCUUGCUUUCGGACAGUUCUUCAGCAACGGUAGAUUCGGCCACUUCCCUCUCGAGUACCCAUUCCAUAUGCCCGAGGAACCCAGUCAGUAUGGGGGUUAUGAAUCGAUACUUCAGAGAAAGUCAGUACCGGCUUGGAGAUGCUCUCAUCAGAGUGCCCUCUGUCGGAAUCGGCGCUCGCUAA